AUGAAUUCUCCUCUCUCCUCUCCUCUCUCUGAGGGCAAGAAAGAUGAAAUGGUCCUAGCUGAGAUCACCAGAAAUGAUCCCGUGAGAGGAUCCGAGGGCCAAAGUCAACAGGAACAAUCUAUGAAUGCCUUUGAACUCCAUCGACUAUCAGCAUUAUCAUCCAGCAUCGAAUUACAACAGGGCGACAAUAUAGAGAAAGAUAAGGCCCUUCAAGAUAUUGUCGCGAGUUUUCGAUACAAGAAUGCUCAAAAUAGGCGAAGCGUCAUCAUAAAUGAUGCACACAUCAGCGGAGAGGCUUGUGUAGAGUUUGGUAAUAUGUUUGUUCAGCCUUCAAAGUUUGCAAUGUCGAAGAACAAGGAUUUUCGACCACUUUUGCCUGCGAACGAAACGGAGGAGACAGAGUCUGAGGUGAAGGAAAAAACUCGGCGCAACAUUUCUCUUGCUUGUACAGAGUGCCAGGAAAAGAAGACCAAGGUCACCAUCCCGGCUAUUCCCAGGUUGGAGGACAGAGCUAAUACACACACUCUCAUACAGUGCUCUGGAACGAUGCCAUGCACAAGGUGUGCAACCGAAGGCUGCCAGUGUCUAUACAAUCAAAGCGGCGAUCGCCGACGCAAGGAAUAUACCGCCAGGCUGUUAGAUUCUCAUGCUGCUCUCUGUCGACUGGCUGCGAAGCUUCGGUCCACAACACCCGAAGAGAUAUUACAGUUGGUGUCGCAAAUUCAAAGCUUGCCGAGUGAUCAAGACGCAGUCCAUUAUCUUCACACUCUGGAUUAG